UCUCUCUCUCUCUCUCGUUGUUUUUCUUAUGAAACGAAAUCGAAAGUAGAAAGUUACCGGUUAACAUAGAAGAUACUGAAUGAGAAUGGAGGAAGUUGUGUCUUUCUUUGGCUGGAAAGCUGUUAAAGACCGCACCAAGUCUCUGUCUGAGAACCAGGAACCGGAGUCUGGCCGUGAAUAUACAAUGUUCCACGGCACACAUUUGAAAAACGCCGUGACCAUCAUUAAUAAAGGAUUUGAACCCUCUAAAGAUGGAAUGCUGGGCCAGGGGGUUUAUGUCAGUCGUAACAUUGCCAAAGCCAAAUGUUACCCGCCAAAAACUGACAAGAACGACAAAGUCGUUUUUAAACUGAAGGUGCGAGUGGGAAAAGUGAAGAAAAUAGACUGUGACAAUCACCCUCUCCAGAAAUCGUGGCACCGCAGCGGGUACGACUGCGCGUGGGUUCCGCCAAAAAGCAACAUCUCCGCCAUCAAGUCUGGUCGCGAGGAGGAUUGCGUGUGGGACCCCAAGCGCAUCAGUGUGGUAGACGUGGCGUGCUGUGUGGAUGACUCGAAACGCAGGGAGCUUCGACGGAUGAUUCAAAGUAAGCUGAAAACCGGCGGCUGCAGUCUUUGCCAUCUCGACGCUUCUGUUGGCCAUGAUAUUCAGCCGUGCUGGGAAUGCCAGGAAGACAUCUGCCCUUUUCAGGAAAAUCACGCGUGUAAAAGAAAGUUGAGCGAAAGAAACAUGGUGUAGCCUAACAAUCUCCCUGUAUCUUUCAGAUUAUAGGGUUUUCUGACUACUGUGUUGGGUUGUACAUCCGUAUGAUUUCCUGAACACUAAAUAGUAUUUGUUUAAUUCAUCUUUCUUUUGUGUGUUAUCGUGUAUAGAUGUAUAAGUUUCGUUAUCAUUAAAAAAAAAAUCACUUUCACAUUA